AUGGUACGCACUCCGAACACGACCGUGUUCAUGCGAGCUCUCGAGACCUACAACACCACGCGCCCACCAACUCGGCCGACUGACUUUUCUUUCCUCCAGGUCCUGUUCAAGCGCAAGCCUGUCAAGUUCCUUCCUCCGGCAGAGGUUGAAGAUGAAGAUGCAGAGGUCUGGCACAUUCCCCAGACGGGUGAAAUAUUCGCCACGUAUGAAGAUUAUUUGAAUCGCAUGGACUUCUAUAAGCAGCUCGCCGGCGCACGCGAAGUCGAAGAAUCGUUCCCCGAAGCACUCAAAGGCCCCAUUCUCCGCAGAGUGCAGUUCCAAAUCGUCUCGCGACUCGAUAAUCUCGUCGACACAAUCUAUGACGAAUUCAAACAAGAUUACUAUCCCGGCGAGGAGGUCACCAUUACGGGCCAAGGCGGUGAGCGAACCCAUGGCCUCGUCCGCGACAAGACAACCUUUGGCGAGCGCCUUUUAGCCGACGGGACACGCACGAAACCCUCGACGAGAUACUUGGUUGACGCCCACCGCACCGACCAUGAAGUCAUCGUCACCGAAGAGAACAUCUCACGCGAUCGGGGCGUGUUCACCAAAGCCAUGCUACGCGCCUUCCUCAAGAAGACUGUGAUGCGCGAAGCAUGGACCGGUGCGCCCUGGCUCGUGAAGCAGGAAUAUGCUGCGCAGUACCAUAUCGACACCCGGAUACCUCCCCAUCUGCGCUACGACACCAAACUCCAGGAGCGCAAGCAGCUUCAAGCCCAGAAGCGCUCAUCCGAUAUUAAUGGCCAUGCCGCAUCCCAGCCAGCACGACUACCUGAACUGAAGCCGGCCAAGAGCAUCAAGCCCAAGCCUCCACCUGGUAAGGGACUCAAGUGGCCAGCUGGGAUUGUCAAUGGCAGCGCGGAGCCUGGCAUCAAAAGCGAACCCUCUCCUCCACCUCCACCUCCUCCACCAAAAUAUCCCAUCGAAGACUUGCAGCUCGAGCCCAGCACCGAGCUUCAACGGCCGGCAGUUAAAUUUAUGUGCAGCGAUGCACCCUCAAACGAGGGCAACGAUGACCCGCUAAGGGAAUACGUGGAAAUGAAGUCUGUUGGCCCACUGCUGGAGACUUGGGAUACUCUCAAUGUGUACUGCGAAAUCUUCAAGCUUGACUCUUUUACCUUUGAUGACUUUGUCGAAGCCAUGUCUGUCGCUUCUGAACGCACCGCUGUACAACUUUUUCACGAAAUCCACUGUUCAGUACUCAAGAUUUUGGUAGACUCUGAGCAAGAUGGCGGUAAAGUUCGCAUCACAUUGCCCGAAAUCGAAGAGGACGACAGUGAUGACGAGGAUGGCGAAAACGAAGAAAACGACCAGGAAGAAGAGGAGGAAGAGGAAGAGGAAGAGCCCGAAGAGAAGCCCGUCAAACGAGCUACGCGCAGCAGUCUAGCCAAGCAAGAAGCCGAGCGGAUAGCUGCCGAAGCUGCCGCUGCCGAGGAAGAAACUCUCAAGGCCGAGAUCGAGUCCAAGACGCGCGCCGAAGAAAUGAUGAAGGAAUUCGACUGGGUGGAGCAUAUUCGGAAACGAGAUUUUACCAAUGGCGGCUGGGAGCGCAUCGUUGUCGGCCUGUUACAUCAGCUGUCAAAGGGCGAGAAGAACCAGCAGCUAUAUCAGGACCUGCUCUUGCAGAUUAUUCCUGCCGAUACAGACCCUACGCAAGAUGCUGCGCGCCAAAAGUAUGCCGAGCUCAAUGUCAAUACGAGAGUACAGAUCUUGCAGAUUUUGUGCAUGUUGACCAUGGAGACCAAGGCUGUGCGCGGCUACAUGGAAGACUGCAACGAUACCAUGACCAAGUAUCGCAAGGACAGGGUUGAGUGGCAGCGCCAGCGCAAGCAAGCAACGGAGGAGCUCCGCCAACUUAACGAACAGCGCAAGGCUCUACUUCCCGAGAACCCGCCCGCAGAGGAACAGGGCAAGGAGAAUGGAGAUCAGAGCAUGAACGGGGCUGACGACACAAUAACCGAAAAAGAAGGCGACGACGAAGCUGAGCCCAGUCACGACGACAAGUCGCAGAAAAAGCGCCAAGGUCGUCAGGUCGUUGACAAGCGCAAGAAGCGAGAAGAGCAGGAGGCAGCGCGCAAGGCCAAAGAAAAGGUACAGAAAGAAGCUGCCAAGGCGUCUCACCAGUCGAAGCAGUUCACCAAGCUGCUUAAGGAGAUUCAAAAGAAAGAAGAUUUUAUCAAGGAAUGCGAGGCAGAAGUGGCAACGAUUGAGAAUGACCUCCGCGAGGCAGACUGCCCACGCACACGUGUUCUGGGCAGGGAUCGUUUCUGGAAUCGAUAUUACUGGUUUGAGCGCAAUGGCAUGCCCUAUGGUGGGCUGCCAACUAGCUCAACUGCUAAGGCCGGCUACGCGAAUGGACGCUUGUGGAUUCAGGGGCCUGACGAGCUGGAGCGCGAAGGCUACAUCGACGUACCGCCGGACCUCGAAAAAGAGUACAAAGCCAAAUUCAACAUGACAAUUCGAGAGCGCAAGAACAAGGAGGAAGGCGGUACGAGCCUGGAGAGCGCUCACCAAUGGGCCUACAUUGCCGAUGCGAAGAGCUUGGAUCAGCUGAUUUACUGGCUAGAUCCGCGAGGGUUCAACGAGCUGCGUCUUCGAAAGGAGCUGGUCACGUUCAGAGACAAGAUUGCGGAGCACAUGGAAAAGCGCCAGCAGUACCUGACCAAAGUCGCGGAGGAAGAGGCAGGCAGAGAAGAAUCGGCGCCGACGAAGCGCAGCAGCUCGCGGAUCCGAGAUAAGACGCCGGAGCCGCGCAACUAUCGAUGCCUGCGGUGGGAGAAUAGCAUGGCGCUGGAAGAGCUUGGUCACUUGCACGCAGAUCCGCCGCCGCCGCCUCGUCUGCGCAAGCAGACCAAGAAGAGGGAGGCGAUGGAGGUGCCACCCGUACCGCCGCCGAGAGCCGCCAAGAGGAGCCGACGCUGA